CUAGAUAUUUAUUUCGUCCGGGUGGCGUGUGCGGCCCCAUAUAACGUUCGCCCUUGGCCGUCGUCGAGGAGAGCGAGCCUGCGUACGUCCUCCGCUACCCUCGGGCCGUCCGGCGCGCCCACCCGUACGUGGCCGUGGAUCGGAUGGACGAUCAUCUGGCGGUGCUGGCGCGCGGCGAGGGGUGGACGGAGGAGCGGCACGCGGCGUUCCUCAACGGCGUGGAGCGCUCCUUCGUGCAGGAGGUCCUCGUGGGCGCCGCCGGCGUCAGCGAGGAGCGGCGGGCGUCGCGCAGGCUCUGCCACCGGGGGCCGCCGCCCGCCGGCGGCCGCGGCCAGCUCCCGCUGGAUCGCCCCCUCCCCGAUAGCGCCGUGGAGUCCAACCGCCGGGGACCCUCCCGGCCUGCAGCCCGCGACGCAAAAUGACGCAGGUUGCGUCCCAUGAAUCUGAAGUUAACAAGCUAGCUAGAGUGAUAAGUUUCCUUCUAGGAUCGUAGCCUCCAAAGUCCAAAGUUGUAUGCGUCGUAGUGGAAGUGGUGUUUUCCAGAUCUGUGCAGUCAUGCCGAUAUUUGUCUUUGUCAAUGUGCCUUUCAUGGCGGGGCAUGGUGUGUAUGUUGGUGAUGCGCUAGUUCAUCUUCAUUUAUCUUAAGGAGCCCUCUUCAUAAAAUGUGUCCGUUGCUCACCAUAUGCAUGAUAUUUAUGCAACUGUGCAGAUCUUUUCCAUAAA